AUGCUUGUGCCAGCGUCUGCAAUAUACGGUUGGGUCCUGUUGGCGGCAAUCCAUGGCUUAAACGUCGAUGCCCUUGCUAUCAGGCGGCAUGAUGACAUUCAGCGUAUGGCCAAGUCACCACAGAUUACACAGCCUGCCACUGUGUUGCAGCGGAAAGACAGUGUCUGCGGCAUCGACAUGAAGCUGUGUCCGGCAAGCUUGGGUGGAAACUGCUGCCCGGAAAGCUAUGAGUGCGCGUCAGAUGGCUGCUACUCGACAACGAGCAGCACCGAGACUGCAUCCGCCUCAUCAUCCAUCUACUCAUGCCCGACCGGUCAACACCCAUGUCUGUCGUCUGUUGGAUAUGGGUGCUGUCCGGAUGGGCUGGAUGGUCGAACCAAUGACGACAAUGACAGCCAAGCAGCUGACUCAACGCCGACUUCUGUCCCGAAGUAUGUGCCCUCGUCGACUGCGACAGACGGCGAUGAUGACGGGGAUGAGAGUCUCUCGACAACUCAGCUGGGAGGCAUCAUCGGAGGGGCCAUCGCCCUGCUCGCGUUGGUGAUUGCGGCGGCUUGUGUCAUGAUCCGCCACAUCGAUAAGCUGGCCGCGCAAAUGUCUCGGAAGUCCAAUUCGUCUCGUUCCAGAACGGCAACCAAGCAGACGAGCUUAUCGAGUCUGAGCAGCAGGAGCUCACGGACAGACUCGACCAACACGUCGACACGGCGCUCACGAACUCGUCGAAAGGCCAGGUCUACGGACCGCCGUCAUCGGCAGCGUCGCAAUGGGGUUAUCGCGACAAGAGCUGGCGAUCUUUUGAUACAAGGAGCGCAUGGGAGGCAAGAAAGCUCUCGGGCCAUUCCGCUACAAGUUCUGACACGGAAUGCCAACGGUGGCGGCGCUGUCGUGCCGGAUCCAAGGCAUACGGACGUCGUAUCGCCCACAGCUAUCAACGAUGUGUCACCGAGGCAGCUCAGCUCUCCAUCGCCGCUCAGCAUGAUGUCGACAGAGCUUGAGGCAAGCUCGCUUGCGCAAGAAUUGGCUGGAACGUCAAACGCAGCCACUCUGGCGGCAGACUCGCUGAUACACAAUGCGCGGGACGUCCCCCCCACCGACCUUCCGAGGGUGGCCACGCGUCCGCCGCUCGCCUAUCAAUGGAUGAGGAGCAUAGGCUUGCUCCGGGAGUCAGAGGUUACUUCUCCUGAUGAUUAUCGAAUUGAGGAGGAAUCACAUGGAUUCUACGGAUCCAGGGACCAUGUGGCCGGUCGAACUGGGCUUGGAAUCAACUAUACGGAAGUGAGAGGAGGUAGGCCCGGGCACUUCUUUUGCCCUAUGUCGAAGAGGACUUAUGGAAGUGUAUGA